UUUUCUUUUUUCAUUACCCUACGCCUCAUCCUUUUACCCCCUCACACUUCCUUUAAUCAAUCACCGACUCAACCUACCCCUAAUCUUAUCUGUAGCCUUACAGGUUAGUUCACAAAAGAAUACGCGCGCCCGCACACGCUCUCUCUCUCUCACACACACACACACACAUAUAUAUAAUAACAUAUACGCACAUACACAAAUACAAGCUGUUAUGCACGAACGGAUACACAACCAGUCCGACACGUGCUCGCUUACAAACACACACAAGCGCACACACGCGUACGCACACACAUCUACAAGCGCACCGAGGGCUUACUUAUAUUGUACCUAUCUUCGCUUAUAUACUCAUACACACGUGCGCGCGUGUAGAGGCAGUUAUACACACGUAUACAUACAUCAGUGCGUACGUACAUACUAUAAGACUGUCCCAGUUCGGCGGCUUGCAGGCCUGCUCGUGCUUACACACGCAAAAAGAAGAAAAGGGAAAAAAUGACUAUACAACAAAAAGGAAUAAUAAUAUUAUAAAAAAAAAGAAAUACUUACUUUACACGCGCCUUACUAUGUAGGCCUGACAUUAGAUAUAGAUACACCCAUGAAUAAACAUACACACACCUCUAUAUACAUACACAGAUUCAUGCGUGUAUACACACGCCAGCCACACGUCACGAAAUCCCGGGACUUAAAAAGUUUGUUUUGUUUUUUUUGGUCAGAAACCUUAACAAGGAUACAGAGAGGAUAUGUUUUUUAACUACUGCGGAUCAUCUGAUGAGAUUUAAUUGAUAAAAGCAAAGAGAGAAAGUUACGCUGUUCAUUAAAUGCUAAUUAAAUAAGCGAUAAUAGCGAAGAAAGAAAGAAGAAAUAUCGCUCUAAACGAACGAGACAGAAAGACCGAUAAUAGCCCGGUUUUAAAACAGAAAGUUACGAGCAAAGCGGGAAUUAUAAUAUAAAAUAUAACCGUAAAUAUUUAUGUACAUUAAGAGUGAAAUACGUAUAUAAUUAUUACAAAAGUAACAAUUAUAUAUUUCUGUUGGGCAAACUUUUAUGAAUGCAUUCAUUUAUUCGCUAUUGAUCUUUCAUCGUUCGAUUGAUUUUUUAAUUUUAACUUUUUAUUUUUCAAACGGGUGCUUGUAAUUAAACUGUUGGCAAGCGAACACCUCUCUAUGAGAACAACUAAAACAAUACAAUUCUUUAACAACAAUAUCGCUGUUACUACCAGAAAACAUCAUCGCUUCUAUUACUACUAAUAAUCGCCAUCAGAUGAUCGCAGUCUUGGAAAGUAAACACACAGACCUUCUUACGACCAUGAACCCCAAUCGCUAUUAGAUUUACUUACUACACCGUCAACCGAGACAUCACGACUGCCGUGGUAUAACAAUAUUCAACAGAUACGAGAAAACUUCAGUCGGACAACAUAUAUAUAUAUAUAUAUUCAUAAAGUGACCAAACACUACACUACGCGGACACACGGACACACGUAAAAUUAAACACUUACACACGCACAUUUGGAUAAUUUAUUUAAAACUAUUCUUCGCACAAAUGUCACAUCAACUGCACCGGAUUAUCUGCUUGACGCUGGUUGUGUUGUUAUUGUCUUCGGAGGUGAGCGGCAUAGGUGUAUUCGAAGUCCGGAUAGUUUCUUUCUAUAACAGCGACAGCAUCACCCAAACGCGAACAUGUUGCGAAGGUAUCACUGAAAAUUCUGUUUGCUCACAAAAGUGUCGCACUUACUUUUCCAUAUGCUUGAUGCAUUACCAAAAUCCACCCCCGUUGGAUUCUAAAUGUACUUUUGGUGCUGAUAUGACCCCAGUUUUGGGAGAAAGCACAUUUCAUCUCGGAUCUCAUGCCAACGUCAUUAGAACCAUUGAAUUGCCGUUUUCCUUCGCGUGGCCGCAAUCGUUCACGUUGUCUGUUGAAGCCUGGCACGACAAUCUCAGGAACGAUACAUUUCGAGAUCCUCGCUACAUGAUUCAACGAGUUGUCCAUACCAGCAUCGUGCAACCGUCUCAUAGAUGGGUGAAAAAAGUGAUGCGCUCCAAUAUCACGAUGAUGAGUUUCGAGUACCGUGUCGUUUGUAAUAAAAACUAUUAUGGCAAAAAAUGCGACCACUUUUGUCGAGUUAGAGACGAUGAACUGGGUCAUUACUAUUGCACAGAAAACGGCACCCGAAAAUGUAUGGAAGGCUGGAAAGGAAACUAUUGUGAUCAAGCGAUUUGUCCAGAGCAAUGCCAUAAUUCAUACGGAUCUUGCAAGAAACCGAAUGAGUGCAGCUGCCGAAUUGGUUGGGAAGGCGAGUUUUGCACCAAAUGCAAGAAAGAUCCAAAUUGUUUACACGGUAUCUGUUACGAACCUUGGCAGUGCAUCUGUCAGCAUGGCUGGACAGGUUUCCUGUGCAACAUUGAUAAGAAUUACUGCAGCAAAUAUAAACCCUGUGAAAAUGGUGGAAGCUGUAAAUUUGAUCCAACUUCUAAUUAUACAUGUUCCUGCCCGCCAUCUUUUAAAGGAUCAAAUUGCCAGUACAAAAGGUGUCCGCGAGAAAACCCUUGUAGCAACGAUGGCAAAUGUGUCGAAAUACAUACAGGCUACAGAUGUCACUGUGCCGAAGGCUUCACUGGAGACCGCUGCGAAAAGCACGUGAAAUCAUGCGACAAAAUAGUCUGUGAGAAUCACGGUACCUGUGUUAUGGGAGAAGUAGGUGGCUGGUGCGCAUGCCCAAAAGGUUUUACGGGUGAUUUCUGCGAGAAGGAAAUCAACGAAUGCCAAUCUUCACCGUGUCAGAAUGGAGGUACCUGUGUCGAAUAUUUCGAUGAUUAUGCAUGCUCUUGUCCCAGCGAUUACGGAGGAAAGAACUGUGAACUUUAUCUACCGUGCCCUUGCAGAAACGGUGGUACAUGCAUAGGUCUGAGCCGAUGUGAGUGUCGCAACGGAUUUACUGGACGACGUUGUGAAAUUCUCAUCAAUAAAUGCAAGCGACUUCGCUGCAGGAAUGGCGGUACCUGUUUGUCAUAUGCUCGUGAAGGUCGUGAAGAAUGCAUCUGCCCUCUUGGUAUAACUGGUCCCGAAUGCCAAUAUAAAAACUAUUGUGUACAGAAACCCUGUCUGAAUGGUGGGACUUGCCGAUACCACCAACGUCAACGAAGUUUUAAAUGCUCUUGUUCGAGUGAAUAUAUGGGGAACUGGUGUCAAUACGACAAGCGUACAGCACCGCAAAUUCGGAAUGAACCAGACAGUAGCAACAUGCCCUCGUAUAGAGGCGAGCAGUCGUUUAGAGGCGAGCAGUCGUUUAGAGGCGAGAAGUCAUUUACAGGAAAGCAGCCGAUGUCCCGAGGAAACAGAGUUUUCUCUUUUGCGAAAUUAAUAUAUUUUUUACCCAUACUGACUUUGAACAUUCGUUUGAUGGUGUGUAAUAUAUGAUCUAUCAUACAAAUAGAAUACAUUGGAAAGAAAUUAUAAUGAAGUAUAUUAA